CUCACGCCUCUCUUACUUCUUUCCUGUGGUCCAUCAAAACCCUAGUUUUUUCUUUUAAUUCUCCAUUUAUAAGAUCCUAUAACGUUCAUGCUUUUUAGCCAUCUCUCAUAUCUUUAUAUAUAUACCAAGAUUCACAAGAACCGAAAAGAAAACAAAAGAAAUGGAAUGGUCAAUGACAAGCAACGUGGAAAACGUGAGAGUUGCUUUUAUGCCGUCGUCAUGGCCGGAGUCGAGCUCGUUUAACUCGCUUCAUAGCUUCAACUGUGAUCCUUAUGCAGCAGGAAAUUCAUACACGCCUACCGACACGCAGACCGGACCGGUUAUAUCUGUGCCGGAAUCAGAAAGGAUCAUCAAUGCGUACCGAUUCCCGAGCAACAAGAAGGAGAUGAUAAAGAAGAAGAGACUAACGAGUGGACAAUUAGCUUCACUUGAACAGAGUUUUCAAGGAGAGAUCAAACUAGACUCAGACAGGAAGCUGAAGCUGUCUAGAGAGCUUGGCUUGCAUCCACGUCAGAUAGCUGUUUGGUUCCAAAACCGCCGUGCAAGGUGGAAGGCGAAGCAGCUCGAGCAGCUGUACGAUUCGCUUAGGCAAGAGUACGACAUCGUUUCUAGAGAGAAGCAGAUGCUACAUGAGGAGGUAAAGGAGCUGAGAGCUGUACUAAGAGACCAAACACUGAUCAAGAAGCAGAUCUCCGGUGGGGAAGACACGACUGAGAUUCCCUCGGUGGUGAUAGCUCAACAAAGAAUGGAAAAUCUAAACAGUAAUCAAAUCAGUGGAGGAAAUAAGAUUUACGGUAUUGAUCAAUACAACAAUUCGAUGGUCGUUGCUUCCUCUUGCUGGCCGCCUUGCCCGUGAUAGCAUGUUGCUGAUCAUAGAGACAGAGAGAGAGAAUGUCUCUAACAUAGCUUAAGACUAGGCAGGGACUUUAAGUGUGUUUAGAUUAAGACAAGCUUUUGUUCAUCGUACCGUCUUAAAACAUAAAUGAAAACAGUGUCCCAGACACAACGCUAUUUUCCU